GUUACUACGGCACCUUCACGCGCACGUUUCUCACCAUGUUUGAGAUCUUGUUUGCAAAUUGGAGUCCACCUGCACGCGUGCUCGUGGAGAACUUCAGUGAGUGGUUCUCGAUUUUCUUUCUCAUCUACAGGUGCGUUCUGGGGUUCGCCGUGCUGAACGUCGUCAAUGCAGUUUUCGUGCAGCAGACGAUGAAGACGGCCAGCUCAGAUGAAGAUCUUGCUUUCAAGCAGAAGGAGAAAGAUGUGGCCAUGUACACUCGCAAAGUCAAGAAGCUCUUCCAGACGAUUGAUAUAUCGGGAGACGGCACUAUCAACAUCGAAGAGUUUGCCAAGCUGGUUCAAUCACCAAAGAUGAAGUUCUGGAUGAGUCAAUUAGAGCUGGAGUACCACGACUUGCUCAGCCUAUUUGAGUUCCUGGACAACGGGGAUGGAGAGAUUACUCUCAUGGAGUUUAUUGAAGGAGCGUCACGCCUGCGUGGCGGCGCGAAAGCCUUGGAUGUGUGGCGAUUGGAGACAAAGUUGGAGGCGGCAUUUAGGGCUCAUAGGAUUAAGGGUGCAGGGUUUUGGGGGAAGUUUGCGCCAAAGUUGGGAAACCAGAGACGUGAAUGUUCAGCGAUGCUUGGCAUCUAUUUAGGGCCCCAGUAA